UUUAACAGCAGUAACGGGAACGUGCUUGUGUGUUGUGAUACAACCUAACACAGACAAGCUCGUAAUGAACCUCACAGUUUGCUUUAAUAACAGUAAGUCAGGACACCUGUUUGUUGACCGCGCGAGCCCGUUUCCGCUGUAGAACGCUCCCCCACGAGCGACAAAUGAUAGGAUGGAAAAUUUAGAAUUGAGCCUGUCAUCACUGGGCACCAUAUCCAGACAUGUUGACAAAAGUCACAACGAACUCAGCCAAUAUCUGUCAAAACAGAUAUGGAACCAGCAGGACAGACAGUGUAUUCUGGAGUGUUUGGCCCAGCUGCUGUUGGAGAAGGAUUAUACGUUGCUGAUAGCACGACACCUGCGGCCGCUGAUUCUGGACCUGCUGGAGCGGAACGCAGAGAGGGUCAGAGUUGGCGGCAGGAUCAACCACGACCUCCACGAGCGCCUGUGUGUGGCCCUCAGCAAACUCCUCAGCAUCAGUCCCGAUGCACAGGCGUUUGCUGCAAAGUACUUCGACAAUGCCCCCCCAGUGUUUCAGAGGCUCUUCUUCACCAGUGAAGAGUCAUCAACUGUUCAGUAUGGCCCCCGGAGGAUGAAGAUGCGGGACCUCAUGGGCGCCACCCUGCGCUUCCUACAGAGCGAUUGUGCCAAGUUUCGAAUGCUCUGGGACUGGAGUCCCUGCGUGUCCCAGCUGCUCACCAGCGACGUCAUGGUCCGAGGCUACACUGCCCACUGUUUAGCACUGGUCUCUCACAUGACUGAUAAUCAGAAAACCAUCUUUCUGAGAAAGGUGCUGUCGAAUGAUGAGAUCCUGCACAUGAAGAUCAAAGCUUUGGAGGAAACUCAGCAGCUGGAGGUAGAAAAGGCCCUGGUGUUAGCCAAUCAGGGCUCUGUGAUGUGGCGCCAGGAGAAGGCUAAUAAGUUUACCAGGGGCCAGGUGGUGUCAGAGGACCUUUCCCAGAGCGUCGUAGCAGUCUGUGGGGUUGUGCUCCCCAGGAUAGCUCCCAGACAGGCCGAACAGGUGAACCAAAAAGAUCUGGUGCUGGUGGACUCGACCUGCCGUAACCUGAGAAGACUGGCGCUGGCUGUAGCUUCCCAGAAGCCCGUGCUCCUCGAGGGUCCCAUCGGCUGCGGUAAAACCGCGUUGGUCGAGUUUACGGCCGCUGUCACGGGACACACGAAGGCCACAGAGAUUCUCAAGGUCCAGCUCGGGGAUCAGACCGACAGCAAGAUGCUGCUGGGGAUGUACCGCUGCACUGAUAUUCCAGGGAAGUUUGUGUGGCAGCCGGGAACACUGACACAGGCGGUGUCUAAAGGCCACUGGAUCCUGUUGGAGGACAUCGACCACGCACCUCUGGACGUGAUUUCUGUGCUCCUGCCUCUAAUGGAGAAUAAAAAGCUGAUGAUUCCAGGACGGGAGGAUUGCAUCGAUGUUGCGCCUGGAUUUCAGUUCUUUGCAACAAGAAGGAUGUACCACAGUGGUGGCAGCUGGCACAAGCCGCAGAACUCUCACGCAGUGCUGCUGGACAAGUACUGGACCAAGCUGCAGAUGGGCAACAUGACAAGAGAAGAGCUGAAGAAGGUGCUCAUCAGCAGGUACCCGAGGCUGACGGUGGUGGCAGACCGACUCCUGGACAUCUACUGCCAGCUGACCGGGGAGAGACACUCUGACUCGGACACAAGCGGCGUCCAAACCCCCGACGACUCGCAGCAGCACAAGUCUGAGAACAAAGGCACACCACUGGAGGGGAGAGCCCUGUCGCUGAGGGACCUGUUGAAGUGGUGCGAGCGGAUCAGCGUCAGCUUCGAUAGCACCUCCUCUGCCACAGCACAAUACGUCUUCCAGGAGGCUCUCGACUGCUUCACAGCCAUGCUGUCUCAUCCUGAGACCCGACUGCGAAUGGCUGAGAUCAUCGGAAGCAAGCUCAACAUCUCCAAAGAAAAGGCCCAGCACUUCUGCCAGAUGUAUCAGCCCGGCAUCUCGCUGACCGAGCUGGAGGUUUCGGUGGGCAGAGUGACCCUGGUUCGAAAGCAGACCGAGGCGGUGCAGCUGAGUGUGGAAAACCAGACGUUCGCUGCCACUCGCCCCUCUGCUGUGCUGCUGGAACAGCUGGCAGAGUGUGUGUUCAAAGGAGAGCCCGUUCUUCUGGUGGGAGAGACGGGAACCGGAAAGACCUCCACUGUGCAACACCUGGCCAGAGUCACAGGACACAGGUUGCGGGUCGUGAACAUGAACCAGCAGAGUGACACUGCCGACCUGCUCGGAGGGUACAAACCAGUAGACCACAAGCAGAUCCUACUUCCCCUGCGGGAGGCCUUCGAGGACCUCUUCUCCCAGACCUACUCCAGGAAGCAGAACCUGACCUUCCUGGGUCACGUUCAGACCUGUUUCAGGGGGAAGCGCUGGCAGGAUCUGCUCAAACUCAUGGACCACGUCUGCAAGUCUGCUCUCACCAAGGAGCUGCAGGAGAAAUCAAACGCUUCCUUGCUACAGGAGCAGUGGGAGGCGCUGGCUGCAAAGCUGAGUCAGACCCAGCAGCAGAUCCGAGCCUGUGAGACCGCCAUGGUCUUUGCCUUCGUGGAGGGAACGCUAGCUCAGGCAGUGAAGAAGGGUCACUGGGUCCUGCUGGACGAGAUCAACCUGGCGGCAGCAGAGACCUUGGAGUGUCUGAGCGGACUCCUGGAGGGCAGCGCCGGGUCUCUGGUGCUGCUGGACCGCGGAGACACUGAGCCCCUGGUUCGCCACCCAGACUUCCGACUCUUUGCCUGCAUGAACCCAGCUACUGAUGUGGGGAAGAGGAACCUGCCUCUGGGCCUCAGGAACAGGUUCACUGAGCUGUAUGUGGACGAGCUGGAGAACGAGGGAGACCUGCGGAUUCUGGUCACAGACUACCUCAAGUACUUGAAUCCCCACAGGAGUGUCAUCAGCGGCAUCAUAAGUUUUUACCUGGCGGUACGAAAGGAGGCCAACUCGCACCUGGUGGAUGGGACGGGGCACAGACCCCACUACAGCCUGCGGACCCUGUGCAGGGCCCUGAAGUAUGUGGCAGCGAACCCCUGCAACAGUGUGCAGCGCUCUCUCUACGAGGGUUUCUGCCUGAGCUUCUUGACUCAGCUGGACAGAAGCUCCCACCCUCUUGUCCAGAAACUGGUGUGUCAGCACAUCCUGAUGGGAAACACCAAGUGUCUCAAACAGCCGAUCCCGGCGCCCUCGGGACACCCCAGCGUGGAGGUCGAGGGCUACUGGGUGUCCCAGGGGGAGAUGGAGCCAGCGGUAGACCCCAGCUACAUCCUCACUGCCUCGGUCAAGCUCAACCUCCGUGACCUCGCCAGAGUGGUAUCUGCAGGGACCCACCCGGUGCUGAUCCAGGGGGAGACGUCUGUGGGGAAGACCAGCCUGAUCUGCUGGCUGGCCGCGGCCACGGGGAACCAGUGCGUGAGAAUCAACAACCACGAGCACACCGACAUCCAGGAGUACAUCGGCUGCUACUCCUCGGAUGACAGGGGCAAGCUGGUGUUCAAAGAGGGCGUCCUGAUCGACGCCAUGAGGAAAGGCUACUGGAUCAUCCUGGACGAGCUGAACCUCGCACCCACCGACGUCCUGGAGGCUCUCAACAGACUGCUGGACGACAACAGGGAGCUCUUUGUGGCCGAGACGCAGGAAGUCAUCAAGGCUCACCCCAGGUUCAAGCUGUUUGCCACCCAGAAUCCCCCGGGGCUCUACGGCGGUAGAAAGGUUCUCUCCAGGGCUUUCAGGAACCGCUUUGUGGAGCUGCACUUCGACGAGCUGCCCAGUGGAGAGCUGGAGACCAUCCUGAACCAGAGGUGCCGCCUGCCCCCGUCCUACUGCGCCAAGCUGGUCAAAGUCAUGCAAGACCUUCAGUCCUUACGCCGGGGCUCCUCCGUGUUUGCGGGGAAACACGGCUUCAUCACCCUCCGAGACCUGUUCCGCUGGGCCGACCGCUACAGGCUGGAGGAGCAGACGGAGGCCUCUCAGGACUGGCUGCAGCAUUUGGCGGACGACGGAUACAUGCUGCUGGCAGGACGGGUCAGGAAGCCGGAGGAAGAGGCCACCAUCCUGUCCAUCCUGGAGAAGCACUUCAAGAGGACGGUCAACCCUGAAAACCUGUUCUCUCAGAAACAGGUUACCAGCCAGUUCAGUCCCUUCAUCGACAGCAUCGCCGGAGUUCCCGAGGAGUUCCGCCAUGUGGUGUGGACGCACGGCAUGAGGAGGCUGGCCGUGCUGGUGGGGCGGGCGCUUCGGUUCGGCGAGUCUGUCCUGCUCGUAGGAGACACCGGAUGUGGAAAGACUACAAUCUGCCAGCUGUUUGCCGCUUUGGCUGGACACAAGUUUUUUUCAGUUAACUGUCACCUGCACAUGGAGACGUCCGACUUCCUGGGAGGCCUGCGACCCGUCAGACACACGCACCAGCCGGACGGCGAGGACUGCAGGCUGUUCCAGUGGCAUGACGGCCCCCUGGUGCUGGCCAUGAAGGAGGGCGGGGUGUUCCUCAUGGAUGAGAUCUCCCUGGCAGAUGACUCGGUGCUGGAAAGACUCAACAGCGUUCUGGAGACAGAGAAGUCCCUGGUGUUGGCAGAGAAGGGCAGUGGAGACAACGACAACGUGGAGCUGAUCAGAGCAGCCGAGGGUUUCCGUCUGGUCGCCACCAUGAACCCUGGAGGAGACUUUGGCAAGAAGGAGCUCUCUCCUGCCCUCAGGAACCGUUUCACAGAGAUCUGGUGUCCUCAGAGCAACAGCCGCAGCGACCUGGUGCAGAUCAUCCAGCACAACCUGCGCGCCGGCCUCUCGCUCGACGGCUGCGAUGUCGCCGAGCUGAUGCUGGACUUCAUCGAGUGGCUGACCCGGCAGGACUUCGGCCGCCGCUGCAUCCUGAGCGUCAGAGACAUCCUGUCGUGGGUCAACUUCCUCAACACCGUGUGCGAGCGCGACGAGGACGGCUUCAUGACCAUGGGAGCCCUGGAAGACGAAGAGGAGGCGGAGUGGGACCUCAGACUGGACACUGUGACCGCCUUCAUCCACGCCGCAUGUCUGGUCUACAUAGACGGCAUCGGCUCCGGAACCACAGUGUCCUACGCAGACAACGCCCUCCUGGCUCGCCGGCUGUGCCUGGGCUUCCUGCAGCAGCGGCUGAGCAAGAUGACGAAGCUGGAUCAAGAGAUGAUGGACGCCCUGCGAGUCUAUGACAGCGGCCUGCCGCGGAAACCCCAGUGGGGAGAAGACUUCUUCGGCAUUGACCCCUUCUACAUCGCCUUAGGGCCUCAGACCGAGAGCCGCAACCUGUCAGACUACGCCAUCGCAGCGGGCACGACCGCCAUGAACGCCCAGAGGCUUCUGCGGGCGCUGAAGCUGCAGAGGCCCGUGCUGCUGGAGGGCGCGCCGGGUGUCGGUAAGACCAGCCUGGUGGCGGCGCUGGCGAAGGCCUCUGGGAACCACCUGGUCAGAAUCAACCUGUCCGAGCAAACGGAUGUCACCGACUUGUUUGGGACCGAUCUCCCAGUGGAGGGAGGGAAAGGAGGGGAGUUCGCGUGGCGUGACGGCCCCCUUCUGGCGGCUCUGAAGGCAGGCCACUGGGUCGUCCUGGACGAGCUGAACCUGGCCUCUCAGUCGGUGUUGGAGGGUCUGAACGCCUGCUUCGAUCACCGAGCAGAGAUCUACAUCCCUGAACUGGGCCUGAGCUUCCAGGUUCAGCACGAGAAGACCAAGAUCUUUGGCUGCCAGAACCCCUUCACUCAAGGCGGCGGGAGGAAGGGACUUCCCAAAUCCUUCCUCAACAGAUUCACACAGGUUUUUGUCGACCAGCUCACCAGCAGAGACAUGGAGUUCAUAGCCGACUCCAUCUUCCCCAGCAUUGACAAGGAAAUCAUUGCUAAGAUGGUGGAGUUCAGUAACAGGCUCGUCCAGGAAGUGAGUGUGGAGCGGCGGUGGGGUCAGAAGGGAAGCCCCUGGGAGUUCAACCUGCGCGACAUGUUCCGGUGGUGUCAGCUGAUGCAAGCCGACCAGUCGCCGGGAUUCUUCAGUCCCGGGCAGCAUGUCGCUUUGGUGUACGCCGACAGGAUGAGGACGGAGGCUGACAAGGCUCAGGUGCUGUCUGUGUUCAGGAAGGUGUUCGGGGAGGACUUCGAGCCAUACAGCGGCUCCAGACAGUUCCACAUCACGCCACUCAACCUGCAGGUGGGUUUCUCUGUCCUGCAGCGCAGCGGCGGAGCCCCCGUGGCCCUGGACCCCCCUCUGUCCAUCACACACCAGGCCCUGCGGCCCCUGGAGUCCCUGAUGAAGUGUGUGGAGAUGGGCUGGAUGACGAUACUGGUCGGCCCCACAGCCAGCGCGAAGACCAGCCUGGUGAGACUGCUGGCCCUGCUGACAGGACACCGCCUCAGAGUCAUGGCCAUGAACAGCGCCAUGGAUACCACCGAGCUGCUGGGAGGCUUCGAGCAGGUGGAUAUCAUGCGACCCUGGCAACAAGUGCUGGAGAGUGUGGACUACAUAGUUGCCAUGGUAAUAAGACGGGGCCUGAUGUCAUUGGACGUGGGCAUCCAGGACACAGAGUUCCUGCUGCAGACGUGGGGCCUGUUCUGCCACUGGCUGAAGGAGAAAGGGCUGCAGAAAACCGGAGGGACGGUCGACUCGGAGGCUCUGAACAAGCUGGAGGUCAUCAUCCUCCUGCUGCAGAAGCUCAACACCAAGCUCAAAGUCUUCACAGACAUGUCCAAGCUGCAGAUGGACUUCACGCUGCUGAAGGAACGUCUGGCUCAACUGGAGGACGGCUGGACGAACGGAGGCUUCGAGUGGUUGGACGGCAUGCUGGUGCAGGCGCUGCAGGCUGGCGACUGGCUGCUCAUGGACAACGUCAACUUCUGCGGCGCCUCCGUCCUGGAUCGUCUCAACGCUCUGCUGGAGCCCGGCGGAUCCCUCACCAUCAACGAACGCGGCGUCAUAGACGGGAAGACCCCACAAAUCACCCCACACCCAAACUUCAGGUUGUUCCUGACCAUGGACCCUGUGCACGGGGAGCUCUCCAGAGCCAUGAGGAACAGAGGGGUGGAGGUCUACAUCCCCGGGGAACAUGAGGGGGUCUGCUGGGACUCACUGGACCUGAAGACCCUGCUUCACACUGCUGGGGUGACCGGGGACUGUGUGUGUGAUCUGCUGAUUGAAAUACACAAAGGCAUCAAAGCCGCCAUCUGGGACUCCCCCGCCUCCUCCUUGGCCUCCCUCCUCCACGCUGCCACCCUGCUGUCCUGCCAGCUGCACAGAGGAGUGGAUUUACCCAGCGCCCUGCAGCACGCCUGUGGGGAGGCGUACUCCCUCUGCCAGCGCACCAAUGCCACCCAGAAGCAAGCCCAGCAGGUGAUUGAGCAGCACUUGGCCAUCCUCGACACGGAGGACUGGGGCAGCGGGCUGCUGUGUGCGGGGGUUUGGCCCGACGGCUUCCCAUCCGCUCUCCUCUCCACAGAGGACUCGUGCUUCUCCGCCGUUCUCCGAGACGGACAGGUCCUGUCGUUUUGCCUGAACACCCUCAGCCUGCAGGGCAAACGGAAUCGGCCACUGAGUCUGAGUGACCUGCAGAGGGCGCUGCAGAGCAGCGGUGUCCAUGAAGGCCUGGUGUUCUCUGACGGAGUGGUGGAUCUGGAGGAAGGAGACGCUCUGAGGCUGAUCCCCACAGCGGUGAAACUGGUCACAGAGAGAGCCUCUCAUGGAGACUGGAUCCUCCGCAGCAGCUGGCUCUCACACCUGGGGAAGAGCUACAAAUAUGCCCCUGAUUCAGCGCUGGUCCAGGUGGAGGCGGGAAACAGAGCGCUGAAGGCCGUGUUUGGUAGCAAACUUGCCUCUAAGGGCAAAUCACUAGCAGAGUUGCUCCAGCCUCACAGCACAGAUGAAUACAGGAUUCUGGUGGACAUGCGCUGGAAUAAACAAUAUCUGGACAUUUUAGCCAAUAAGUGUAACUUUGAGGACGAGGAAAGAUACAUGGAGUUUCUGGAGGCGCUGAACACGGUUGCCAACAGGAUUGUUCUGAUGAUGGACAGAGAGGAGAGGUCCGUCAUCUGCACCUGUGCUGUCAACCUGUCAGCUCAGAACUGUGCUCUGAGAAUAGCCACAGCCUUCAGCAAAGGGACUGUGGAUAUCGGUCACCUGCCCCAUCCAGUGCUGAUGCACCUCCAGACCUUCUUUGACCUGUGGAACUCGUUCACUCUACAGGCUGUGCAGAGUGGACAGCCCUACAUCUCAGACCACAUCAUGUUUGAGAUCCUGCAGUUGCUGCAGUGGCUCGACCGUUUCUGGGACGUCUGCAGCACGCUGCCGGCCGACUCCCAGGGCAUCUCUGUGCUGUCUCUGCACUGGCAGUGGGUGCAGAAACACCUCAUCCUCCGGCUGCCACAGCUGCUGCUGGGAGACACUGAGGCCACAUUCGAAGGUCACCAGGAGCUGCAGGUGGUCUCCGCAGCCAUCCAGACUGUCCUGUCCACCCCGGUGUCUGUGGCCACUGCACUGAAAGGCAUCCAAAAAACUCUGGGGAAAGCUCUGCCAUUCAAGCUGGAGUCGGUGGGGAAGUGCGCGUCUCGGCUGCGGCGCCUGAGUAAAGCCUUAGAUGUGAGCGAUCUGAGGCUGGACGGCACCGCUGGUCCUUGGCGGCAGGAGCUGGUCCGACUUCAGGGUGCAGGGCUCAUGCUGGACAUCAAAGAGAGUCUGCUGGAAGCCUGGGGCCUCGUUCUGCUGGCGAACAAUCAGCUGGACCCACAGAAGUCUGGAGUGUUGGAGAGGUUGGUGUCGAGUGUGGAGCAGCAGCAGCGUCAGAUGAACGCCAGAGGUCUCCUGGAGAGCUGUUCCAUGUCUGAGGGUGAGGAUCCAGCAGAUGGAGUCCACCUGGCCAGACAGGAGCUGCAGCAGCUCAGCCGCAGGGCCCAGCUCUGGCCCCUGAUGGAAGAACUGGCUGUGCUCAACCAGCUGCGACUCAGCACUGACCUGCUUCACUUGGCUCUGUCUCCUGGUGAUCAGGAGGCGGAGGACAGCUUGCGUCGGGAACUCUCCAGGCAUCUUCGUUACUGCCUCCAGUCCACGCCGAUGAACGUCAGUCAGCUCCAGGCUCUCUGGUUCCUGCUCAGCAGUGACAGGCCGGCUGAGGAGCUGCAGUUUGUAUGGUGCGAGCUGCUGUCAGAGGCUCUGAGUGCUUUGUGGACCAGCUGUGUGACCUCGGACCCAGACCGCUGGCUGAAAUGGGACCCGAUGAAUCCUGAGACCCAGCCGGGUCCAAAGCUGCCCCACGGAGCAGAUAAUAUGGGUCCGGCCUUGCUGAGUAAAGCAGUGUGGUCACAUUGCAUGCUGGGAGUGCUCAUCAGCAGUGAGACUGGAGGUCGCUGGGAGCCGUCGGCAACCGCCCUCCUCUCCCUCUCCCAUGUCACCCUGGGGGAGUGGAAGGAGAGGAUCCAGCAGCUGCAGGACGUGUCUGCAGUGUUGUGGGACAACAUGGCCAUCCCUGCACUGGCUGAGUUCAGGGGCACAGACUUCAGGCUCCAGGGCGUGGUCCUGCGCCGACAGCUGCAGAGCAUGGCAGACCUGCUGCCUCCCAGCCUGCAGGAGGGCUACAUGGAGAGCUGCGAGAGCCUGGUGGAGGAUUCUGACCCUCUGAUCGCUGCCCAGGAGAUCCAGACGGUCUUCAGAGACUUCCUGCCCCCCAACCUGCUCCCAGACAGCCUGGUGGAGUCCUGCGUCACCUGCCUGCAGCAGUACGUCCAGAGCAAGGUCCAAGGCUCCAACUCGCUGGUCCGCUCCGGAGUGUUCUGGGUCAACAUGGGCCUGCUGCAGAUCAAAGUGUGGACACCUCAGACCAUCUUUGACCCAGCUGUGAAGAGGGCCUACAAACUCAACUACGCUCAGCAGGAGCUGGCUCUGCUGCAGGAGGAGUGGAGAGGACGCAGCCUGUCGUCGCAGCUGAUGACUGGAGCAGAGCUGGAGGAGAGCAGCACCACCGACGGCUUCCAGCAUCCUCGAAUCAGGUACCUGUGGAUCCGCAUGCAGCAGGUGAAGGAGCAGAUCGCGGAGCUCUCCAGGAAGCAGGCCUGCCGCCCUCACGAGCCCCAGUACGGUCGACUCUUCCAGGACCUGCAGCACUAUCUCUGCAGCAUCGGCCAGGCGUCUAGAGUGGAGGACCUGCUGUCCCACCUGCUUAAGGCCGCGCAGGACUCCUCCAAACCCAGGUCAAUGGUUCACAAUCUGCUGAAGGAGGAGGUUGUGUGGCAGAACUCCCAGCAGCGCUUCUGCCAGAGGCUGCUGGAGGACUACCCUCUGUACCCUGACGUGGUCGGGCCAGUGCGCACCGGCAUCCUCCAGCUCCGGCACGGCAUGAGGCUGGUGGCCUCCCAGCUGGCCGCCUCACUCACGCCGGUACCAGGUCUGCCCAAGCUGGUGUCCUGCCUUAUGGCCUUCCCCUCUCUGUCCGCCGGCCUGCCGUCGUACCUGUCCCGGGCCGACUUCCUCUGCUCCACGGCGUGCAUGGACGUUCUGCGCUGCCUGGUGAGGCUUCUGCCCCAACAGGACCCUGAACACGUGGUCCCCCAGUCCUCCACACUGCUGCUGAACGCUCUGCUGUAUGUGCAGUGUCACACACUGUCCACCGGAGACUUCAGCCAGGAGGCGCGCAGCCUCUUCAGACACAUCUGCCAGGCUCUGGUGAACGAGUGGGACGAUCAGGAGAGACGGAGGAGGGAGCGAGAGCAGCUGGAGGCCAGUCUGUACCGCAGCCGCAGUCGACUGCACGGCUCAGGCCUGACUGAAGACGAGCAGGAGGAGAGGGACUUCAGGCGCCAGUUCCCCCAGUUCAACAAGGACUUCGCAGACAUCGUUUCCCAGCCGACCCUGGAGGCUCCGGCAGACACGGAGUUGGAGACAGAGGACGCAGCCCAGGAAGAGUCCGUCGAGAGCGGCUUCCUGUCUCCGGCCGCCAUGAACACUCUGGUCCAGGUGCACCAGCGCCUGUGUCUGAGAUACGCCCGCUCACUGUGGUAUCAGAGCACGGCAACAGCCAAUCACAGCAAGGAAACCAUCAAAGCCCUGGUCUCCUCCUAUCAGAUCGCCGCCCCUGUGAUGUCACGCUUCUAUCAUCUGAUGGAUGCUGAACUGGACCAGCAGCUGACAGGCAGUGAGCUGCUGCUGUCGGCCCUCCUCCAGAACACGGUGCAGGGCUCGGGGGGUCCUGACGGUCUGGUUGUGUCCGCAGAAGGACCCUAUGACUUCUAUCAGCAGCCCAACAUGAGCGAGGCCUCCCUCUGUCUGCCCGUCCUGGAGCAGCUGAGUGUGGCGGUGAAGCAGAGGCUGGACGACUGGCCCGAACACCCCGCACUCAUACAGCUGACUGUGGUGAUGGAGAGGAUCAUGGCUUUCAGUCUGUCCAGUCCGCUCGCCAAGUUCCUUAACGGUCUGGAGAUUCUGCUCAGUAAAGCACAGGACUGGGAGAAUAACGCCAGCCGCUCAGUCUCUCUGCGCAAGGAGCUGGAACCAGUCACCCAGCUCAUCAUCCAGUGGCGCAAACUGGAGCUCAACUGUUGGUCGAGCAGUCUGGACAACGCGAUGAAGCGCUGCACUGAGAAAUCAACCAAACACUGGUUCUCCAUCUACCAGCUGGUGGAGAGGUAUCUGGAGGAGCAGAGGAUGGAGGCUAAUACAGGCGAGGAGCCGGAGCGCCUCUCCCUGUCCUCGGUGUCCUCCACCCUCCAGGCCUUCAUGGAGGGCUCCCCCCUCGGCGAGUUCCACACCCGCCUGACCAUGCUGCUCAGCUUCCACUGCCACCUCCUUCUGGUCCCCCGCCAGCCUGGACAAGAGUCUUUGUCCAGUCUUCUGUGGAACCUGCACAAAUACUACAGUCAGUUCUCCGAGUCCGUCCAGACCAAAAUCACUCAGCUCCGACAGCCAAUCGAGAAGGAGCUCAAGGACUUCGUCAAGAUCUCCAAGUGGAACGAUGUCAGCUUCUGGUCCAUCAAACAGUCGGUGGAGAAGACACAUCGGACUCUCUUCAAGUUUGUCAAGAAGUUUGAGGAGGCUCUGAGCGGCGCCAGUAUUCCCGCUCUGGUGGAACAGGAGAGCAGCACAAGCUUAGACAGUAAAGACGCCAACCCGGAGGACACGCCCAUCCACCGGGUUCACCGGGCGCUGAAGAGCACGCCGCCGGGGAAAGGCAGAGAUCUGCAGGCACAGAACGAGGGCCCGGAGGAAGGCGUUGAAGCGUCGUCUCUGCAGGGACGUCUGCCCGUUCUCGCCAGGAAGAUGAAGAAAAUGUGCGUCCAGCUCCUGAAGAAAAACCCAGUGCCCGAGCUGGCUGAAGACCUGGACUACUUCACUGUGGAGGUCAUCAGUAACCUGCGGGACCUGCAGAGCCUCACCAUUGACAUGUCUGCAGAGAAAGAGAAACAAAAGUCUGAGGUCAAACAUAUCCUGCAGCAGAAGCAGAGAGCUCUGUCCGACCUGUUCAAGAUGCUCACAGAGAUAGGUUUGUCGUACCGUAAAGGCCUGACGUGGAACAGGACGGCCGACCCGGAGAAGACGCUCUGUAUGCAGCCGCUGGAGAUGAGCACCGCUCUGUCUGCCGUCAGCAACCAGGAGCAGGCUGAGAGCAUGUUGUUCACGGAGCUGCUGACGGCGUGGGACGGGUGUCAGAAGUACUUCUAUCGUUCGUGGGCCAGGAAAACGUCCAUGCAGACCGCUCUGCAGCAACCUGCAAAGGAGCUGGGUCUGGGGAACGUGGAGCGCUGUAGAGGUUUCUCCUCUCACAUGUUCAAGCUGCUGCUCAGACAGAGGCGACGGCUGGCCAAACUCACCGAGCAGUGGGUCCAUCUCAGGAGGCUAACACACAGCAUACAGGGCCUCAGGGCCCACCUCCAGGGCCACAGUAAGGACCCAGGCUGUGCCCUCCCGCCCCAGGCCUCUCUGCAGGGCUGGGUCAGCAGAGGCCAGGUGCUGGCUGCCCAGUGCACCACCCUCCUGCAGCAGCUAGCCUGGCUGCUGCAGUGCUGCCCCGAGGACCUCCAGCAGAAGGAGGAGACGAGCAGCUGCAGGCAGCACACCCUGAGGUGCCCGUCCCCGCUGGCGGCGCAGCGUCAGCCCCCCGGCUGUCUGAUGAGGAGGGGAGACGCCACCUGGUGCCAGCUACACCAGCGCGUGACUGCAAUGUUGAAGCAGACGGAGACCCUGAAGGUGGAGCUGGACACGGUGGCCCAGCAGACAACUGAGAGAGUUCUCCACACAUGGAACCAUUUCGUAACGUGCUGCUCGGGCUUCGACCAGCUGGCGGCUGUAGCGGCUCAGAUGCCCGGCGUGGAGCGGCUCUUCAUCCCGGCCACGUGUGUCGGGAGCGCGGACAGCCAGCCGACCAUCGCCCAGAGCCUGCAGUACGUCAGAGGACAGGUGGAGGCGACCAUCACUGAGUUUACCACCUGGAAGACCCAGCUGCUCUCCCUGGGACACCAGCACACAGAUCACCAGUCUGCCUUCUCUACUGAGUUCUCUGCUGAGCUGGAGACAAACAUCAACACAGUGCUGUGUGCUGUCCAGACGCUGGUGAAGAGACGGGAGAGAGAGCAGGAGAAAGAGAAGCAAGGAGACGUCAAGAGAGAUGGUGCUGAAGAGGUGGAGGAGGAGGAUGAAGAGCCUGUGGAGGACCUGCUGAAGCCUGGUCACCUGGCUCGUCUGCUGGAGGAGGAGCUGGAGGCUGAGGUGGAGGCUCUGAGCGUGGGCGAUGUUAACGGCCGGCUGGAGAAGCUGCUGAGCGGCCUGAAGACACACAGAGACACCUGUCAACCAGCGCAGCUCCAGGAGGUGGACAGGGCGUGCAGGACGCUGGUGCGUCUGGAGCCUCUGCUGGGGAUUUACUCCGACCUGGUGCGUUACUACCUGGCCGUGUCGCUGGGAGCACACAGGAGCACGGGCAAGCUGCUGUCCGUCCUGGCCAGCAUCUUCACCGAGCUCGCUCAGAAGGGCUUCUGCCUCCCUCAGGAGCUGAUGGCCGGAGGAGACGGAGAAGGCGCCACAGAGUUCCACGACUACGAGGGUGGUGGUAUUGGAGAGGGCGAGGGCAACAAAGACGUCAGUGACAAGAUUGAGAACGAAGAUCAGGUGGAGGACACGUCUCAGGAGGGACAGGAAAAGGAAGAGCAACAGGACAAAGGGAACAUCGAGGCAGAAGAUAACGCAAUCGAAAUGUCAGAGGACUUCGACGGCCAGAUGCACGACGGGGACGAGAACGAACCAGGUGAAGACGAUGAAUCGGAUAAAGAGGAUGAGGAGGAGCUGGACAAAAAGAUGGGCAACCUGGGCGACGGCCAGACCGACACUCUGGACGAGAGAAUGUGGGGAGACGAUGAGGACGAUCAGGACGAGGAAGGAAGUGACAAAGAGGAGGAGUCUGGCCAGGGCAUGGACCAGGGUGAAUCGGAGCUGGUCGCCAAAGACGACAACCUGGACGCCGCAGACGCCAACAAAGACAAGAAGAACCAGGAUAAAGACCAACAGACGGACGAGGAGGAAAAAGAGAAGAUCCACGAGCAGGGAGAUGAGAGGGAGUUCGAUGAGAAUGAAGUGGACCCCUACCACGGUCAGCAGGACAAGAGACCCGAGCCCGAGGCCAUGGAUCUGCCAGAGGAUCUCAAUCUGGACCAGGAUGAAGAGGCUGGAGGCGAGGGCGAGGGCGAGGGCGAGGGCGAGGGCGAGGGCGAGGAGGAGAAUCCCUUCGACAUCGAUGAGAAAGCCAUGGAGCUGGACGAGAAGGAGGACGGAGAGGAAGACGGAGGGGAGGAGCAGGGAGCGGAGGAGAUGCAGGAGGACGAGGCGGAGAAGGAGGAGAAGGAUCAGGAGUCCAAGACUGAAGAGGAGGAAGAGGAGAAGGGAGAGGGAGAGGGAGAGAGAGCGGAGGGAGAGGAAGAGUCUGCCGAGAAAGACGAAGAGAAGGAGGAGAGGAGAGGAGAGGAGGCAGGGAGAGAUGAAGAUCUGACUGUUCCUAAUGACAAAGGUCACAAACCAAAGGAGGAGGAGGAGGAGGAGGAGGAAGGCGGGGCCGAGGAUGAGGAGCAGCCGGAGUCGGCGGAGAGGAAGGAACACGACAGAGACGGUCAGACCGGAGAGGAGAACGUCCAGAGCGACACAGCUGUGGAGCUGGGAGGGGAGGCGUCGGAGAGAGACCAGGCUAAAGAGGAGCACGGGAGCGGAGCAGCUGACGCCAGCGAGGCAGAGGGCCACCAGUCAAAGCUCACGGCGAGGAUGGCUUCACAGAGACAGACUCAGAGCAAGACUCAGAGCUUCAAGAGGAAACCAGGUCAGGCCGACAACGAGCGGUCGACGGGCGACUACAACGAACGCGUGAACAAGCGUCUGCGAACGGUGGAGAGCAGCAAGGACAGGAGUGCGGACAGCAGGCAGAGCGACGCCCAGCAGGAGUCGGACCUGUACGAGCACAUCAAACAGGGAGAGACGUCCUACGACACCCAGACGUAUGAUGUGGCCAGUGCAGACCAGCAGAAAGCAGCGGGGGCGCCGCAGGACCAGGACGAGAUCAACGACGAGGACGUCGCCAUGGAAACGGAGGACCAGGAAGAAGACCUCCAAGCUGCCGAGGUCCAGGAGCUGAAGCCUGAGCAGCUGGACUCUACGAAGGCCUCCCAGAAAGGCGCAGACAGCGGGGAGAUGGAGGUGCAGCGGCGGGAAGAGGAGGAGGAAGAUGAGGAGGAGAGGUGGAAGGACCGACAGCAUCCCAGAGAAGAGCGAGCAGAGAGAGACACCGAGUCCACGAUCCACACGGUCCCUGAGCUGCUGCUGGACGCCAUGCAGCGAGCUGAAAGAGACCCAGAGGAGAUCAGGAGGGAGAUGGAGCUGCAGCUGGAGGCCUGGCACAAACUGGCUCCAGGAACUCAGGAGGAGGAGACUGCAGCGGCCUCCAUGUGGCAUCAGUACCAGACCCUGACCUCCGCUCUGUCCCAGCAGCUGUGUGAGCAGCUCCGCCUCGUCCUGGAGCCCACACAGGCCACCAAGCUCAAAGGCGAUUACCGCACAGGGAAGCGUCUGAACAUGAGGAAGGUGAUCCCCUACAUCGCCAGCCAGUUCCGCAAAGACAAGAUCUGGCUGAGGAGGACCAAGCCCAGCAAGAGGGAGUACCACAUCUGUCUGGCUGUGGACGACUCCUCCAGCAUGGUGGACAACCACUCCAAACAGCUGGCGUUUGAAUCCCUGUCAGUGAUCAUCAACGCUCUCACUCUGCUGGAGGUCGGCCAGGUGUCUGUGUGCAGUUUUGGCGAGCAGGUGCAGCUGCUCCACCCCUUCCAACAGCAGUUCAGUGACGAGUCCGGGGCUCGGAUCCUCAGACUCUGUCAGUUCCAGCAGAAGAAGACCAGGAUAGCACAGUUUUUGGAGACGUCAACCAAAAUGUUUCUCGCAGCUCGGCAGCAGAUUCCAGGAUCUAUGAACUCAGACACGGCCCAGCUGCUGGUCAUCGUGUCCGACGGCAGAGGGCUGUUCCUGGAGGGGAAGGAACGGGUGAUGGCAGCUGUACGAGCGGCACGCGGCGCAAACGUGUUCGUCAUCUUCGUGGUACUUGACAACCCCAACUCACGGGACUCCAUCCUCGACAUCAAGGUGCCCAUAUUCAAAGGGCCGGGAGAGCUCCCAGAGAUCCGCUCCUACAUGGAGGAGUUCCCCUUCCCCUUUUACGUCAUCCUGCGAGAUGUCAACGCCCUGCCAGAGACCCUGAGCGACGCGCUCCGGCAGUGGUUUGAGCUUGUCACGGCGGCCGACCAGUAGACCAACGAGAAGCCAUCUUUCACAGGAAGGGAGAAGCGGGCAGCGACCAACUGCACAACGCCACUCUGCUGCCAGCUUCUCAACCAGAACUGAGAAAAAGAAAAGAGAAAGACGGAUUUGCCGCUGUACAUGUGCCUUUAUUUUCUUAUUUUUACUGUAGAUUUUAGUAGAGUUUAAUAGCAACCUUUGCUGUUUUUUGAUCUUUGUUAUCAGGGUAAUUCUCUGUUUCUUUUGUAAACGUCACAAGGAUUGCUUUAACUUGCACGUCUCAGAUGAAAUGAUAGAAACAAAAAAAAAUGUGAUUUUCAUUGCGUGUGAACCACCUCAGUGAAGAGUCAGUAAAUACCUCUGUCCACCUUGUAAAAUAACCCUCCUCCCCCAUCCCCCUGAAAUCAUUUGUUCCUUUGUGUGGAUGUUAUAGUCAGUGCUGCAAAGAUCAUCAAAUCUUCAAUGUGAACGCAACAGCAGAUGUACAGAGCUGGGAUUUGAACGUCACGACUGAAUCGUAACGUGUCGGCGCGGUCGUGACCCGACAUUCAGAAGAACUCAAAGAAACAUGUGCCUUGGGAGAGGAAAACAGUUUUUGCAUCUCACUUCACACCUGAAUCAGCUGUCGGGGUGAUGGAUCAGAGGCGCGGCCACAGCUCUGUCGAGAUUUUUAAUGAAAUUCAGAUCUCAUGCACUUUGAAGCACAGGGACUGCAGACAACACUUUUGAAUAAAUGCCCCAGUAUGACCAGUUUUUGUGGUUUAAAGACGACAUAUCUGCUGUGUUGAUCUUCCAUCCAUAACUUGUGUGACUUCUGCUAAACGAGAGCUCGGAGCUCGUCACUGUGUCUGUUAGGAGUAGGUGUUGAUGAAAUGUUUAUUAUCACCUCUGUGUUUUGUAACGUGGACAUACAUGUGAGCAGAUGUCGGCCAUAUUUAAGAGAUGGUUUCUUCAUUGCAUCGAUCUGUUAAACCACGACACAAAUGAUCCUGACAAUAAACAGUUUACAAGGCU